UAGUAUUAUUGGUUGCAGAGCUAUAAUUUUUAAUUUUAACAAUUAACCCUUACUUACAUGAUAAUAAUUUGUUUAACAAGUGAGACAAUAAUUAUAAAAUAAAAAAUUUAAUUUGGCAGUGAAUUAAAACACUUAAGUAUACUGAAAAUGAUAAUAUUGAUCGCAAUGUUGCACCAUAUGAACCUUGGUAAUGUGGAAUUUUUAAGGAAGCUGUAAACAUAUGGAGCCCAACAAGUUUAAAAAACGAGCUGGAACCACCGACUUUGGCAAAAAAUACGAGGACUUGAACUUAGCUCGUUUGGUCCUAAAACUGGUAAUUGACGACACAGUCGACGAUUUCACGAUAUCGUCAAACGACGACAAGUUUGGUGAUUUUGACGACAUUGUUAUUGAACUAAAAUCGGGCAAAAGCUUUACCAAAACAGCUAUACAAAUAAAAUACAGUAAUGAAGGGAAAACCUUACCGGUGUCAAGCUUUUGGUGCGAAAAAGGAGACUUUAGUUUGAAGAAAUAUCUAAGAUCGUACAAACAAAUCAAACAAUACAAAUUAAUACUUUUCACAAACCGGAAACUGGACCUGGCACAUGAAAAUAGCUUCAAUUUUGAAAACAUAUCGCUUAGAAUUGUACAAGAACAAGUCGAUCAAUUGGUAAAUUCGGCCAAAGAUGACGGGAGGUGCUAUAAGUUUGAAGCGAACGAAGCGAGUGACUCAAAUUUGGAAAUUUUGGGUUUUUUCGAAAAUUUUCGUAUUUUUACGAACCAAUCGAGCGUCAGUGUGAUUGAAAAAAUGACUCUUGACGAGUUUCAAAAAAUAUUUCAUUGCCCCUCGGAACAUUUCCACACUUAUUUGCAAUUUAUCACCAGGUGGAGUCUUUUGGAAGGAAAUAAGGAAAAGUUGGGUAAAGAGUUGAUGAAACGUGCGAUAGCACUCAACGUCUUGUCUCCAUUUAUUCAACCCUUGGUUCCAUCAUUAACUGACGAAAAAAUGAUUUUGUUGCGAAAAGCUAUAGCAAAGUUUCAAGUGACAGUUUUUCGGAAAAAAUCGUACGACAAAAUCAAGGGAUUAUGGGGCGAUUUUUACCAAAAACUUGGCCAAAAUAACAAUGAUAAUAAAAUCAAAUCACGAUUUCAAUUGGAUCAAGACGAUUCAUUUGGUAGCAAAAUGUUGUGGUUAAAAUCGGACGCUCCUUUAAUAGUUGUUGAAAAUGUGACCACAUCUCGCAUCAUCCAAAUGUGCAAUGACUGGUUUAUUGUGCUUGGAAAUGGUCCGAUUUUGUCACAAAAUCGAACAGUUUUCCGACAUUUGGUUGAUUUAAAUCAAGGGUCUGAAAUGUAUAAACUCACUUGUUGUGUGCAAGGGAAGGAACAACAACUUUUCGAGACUUUUUUCGAUAAUGAAAUGAGGCAAGUUGUGACAACUGAUGAUUUGGUGCAAUUAUUGUCACAGGAAGUUUAUUCGUUUGGUGGCAAACAUGAGACUCUUCCUGUGCCUUACAUUGAGAGGUUUUUGACUGGACAUGUGAUACGUUUUGAGCAUUUGCACAAAAUGGAUUCCUUGGUUGUGAUUAAUUGUGGGAAAAAGUUGGAGACAAUCACCAAACGAAACAAAAUCAAGAGUCUUUUGAGGGGACUUAACGCAAUCAAUGGUUCGGAUUAUUUGAAUGACACUUGUUACCACAAAAGUGAUUGUGACCUACUUAAGCCAAAAUUAUUCCUUUUUGAAGAUAAGUGUUCCCAACAAGACUUUGACAAAAUCAGAGAAUUGAACAAAUCUGAAACCAUUCACCACUUUAGUGUUGUUGAAGACGACGAACACUUGGAGUGGCUCAAAAGCAACAAAAAUGCAAAUGACUUGAAAGAAUUCUUGAUCAAAAGUGUGACCAUCAACGAAUCUCUUAUUUUCGACAAAAGUGGUGUUAAUGUGAUCAUCGGGGAACCCGGCAUUGGUAAAACAAUUUUCAUUCAGAGUUUAAAAAAUCACAAUUCGCCAAAUAUUUGGAGCGUUAUUUUGUCCCCUUCUGUGUUUCAAAAUCCCUUCAAUAGACACACUUUUGAGGAGAUUAUUUUAGCCCAAACACACACCAACCUUGACAGGAAAAUUCUCCAAAUUUUGAUGAAGAAGAACCGAGUUGUGUACAUUUUGGACUCUUUGGACCAAAUCUCCUUGGAACAACUUACUUGCAUUUGUGAUUUUUUCCGUACUGAAGAGUUACCACUUUGGAUCACUUCACGUCCCCACUUGCAAAACUAUCUCGAAACGAAGCUAAACGUUUUGUCACGAACGAUUUUACCAUUCAGUGACGUCCAAAAAAAAUCAUACAUUUGCAAACGUCUCGAAGAGAAAUAUCCAGACAUUGGGACAGAAGUUCUCAAAAUCGAAACAUACAUAAACCAGGAGAUUCUAAACAACCCGUUACACAUCUACAUGUUGACCGAAGUCUUUAGUCUUGAUGACGACAAGUUUUCUCAACUUUCGGCCGAUUUGUUCAACGUCUGCGACUUGUAUGAGUAUUGGAUUGAACAAAAAUUCGCCCUGUAUUACAAUCAAAAGUUUGGUGUUUUGGCCAAUGAUCGUGUUUUCGAAGAACACAAAAACUACCUCAAACGCGACUAUCAACUAGCUGCGUUACAUCGAAAUGCCGAAUUUUUGGAAAAAGUGAAAAUUGAAGGUGAUCCGAUUGGUAUCAUGGAAGUAACAGACGAUCAAUCCCCAAAAUUUUUCCACCCUUCGAUUGCCGAAUAUUUCAUCGCGUCCCACCUUGCUAAAAAUUUUGCCCAAGUCUCGUCUGACUUUAUUUUCAAAGAAGAGAACAGAAAUGUACGAUAUUUCUUCGACUUGUUACUCGCCCAAAAUUCCAAACCACACAUGGCAGUAUUUUACCGAAAUUUGGACGUGUUGAAGAAAAUCGAGAAUUUGGACAAGUUUGUCGAUUCAGGGGGACGUAACGUGUUACACUUGGCGUGUUCUUGGGGCCAGACAUAUCCAAAUUUUGAUGUGGAAACGCAAGAACAAGACUGGAUUUAUUUGGUUACACCGAAGGAAACGAGUGAAGUGUUACGUGAAGACCCCAAUUACAAAGAAAUGAUUGUUUAUCUAGUAGAAAAGUUGGAUUUGUGGCAACGUGACACUUUAUUCAACUAUACGGCGUUACAAUAUGCUGAAGCUUCCAACUGUCUAUACACCAAAAUGAUUAUUUUGCGAAAAAUGAACAAAACAAUAGAUUUGGACACACCGAUGGCUAGUCUAUUGUAUUAUGCGGCGGAAUUUGGCUAUGAAGACGUGUUUAAUUUGUACGAAACGUUUCCCUUGAUUAAACUGAAAGACCAGUCGUUUCUGCACCUUUGUGUGCAACAUGAACACUUCCUAGCCCAACUUUUGGCAAUUGAAAGUUACCACAAAAUGAUUGAUUUUGCACCAAAUGGUGAAACAGCGUUACACAAGUGUUGCAAGGAAGGUUACUACAAGAGUGCCUUAUUGUUACGACAAAAUGGCGCCUCCUGUGUUACUACUACAAGUGAUGGUUGGACCCCUUUACAUUUCGCAUCACUAAAUGGGCACGAAUCUAUUGUAACACUUUUGAAAGAUGUUGAUGUAAACACUGCCACUAACAAAGGUUACACUGCGUUACACUGGGCAUGUUACAAAGGUCACAUGACCAUCGUCACGUUACUACUAGAUUUGGGGGCAAAUAUUUACGGUAACACAAAUGUUACGCCAUUGUUGUUGGCUUGUCAGAAUGGACACGAAGACGUAGCCCGUUGUUUGUUACAACUGGGGGCACUUGUAACUACAAGUAAUAGUUGGACGCCUCUUCACUCAGCUUGUUACAAGGGGCAUGAAGGCAUUGUCAAGUUAUUGAUAGAGUUUGGGGCCAGUGUUACCACAGUUGAUGGUAAAAAUGUAACUCCGUUACAUUUGGCAUGUCAUGAAGGGCAUGAAACGAUCGUGGAGUUACUUCUAAAUUUGAGGGCAAAUGUUGAUGCCAGGGAUAGUGUUGGCUUUACUUCGCUUCAUUUGGCUUGUCAUCGAAAUUUUGAACAAAUUGCCAAAUUGUUGAUUGAGUUUGGUGCCAGUUGUGAUGUUUCGGACGAUAAGGGUUUGACUCCGUUACAUUGGGCGUGUCAGGAAGGGCGUGAUCAAAUAGUUGAGUUACUUCUAGCAUCUGGUGCAAACCUUGAAACUGUGACAAAAACAGGCAAAACCCCCUUUCACUUUGCAUGUUUAAAAGGACACGAAGCCGUAGUUCGCCUUUUGAUGCCGUUAGUUAACCCCCAAAUUGCAACAACUCGAAACUUCACCCCCUUACACCUAGCAUGCCAAGAAGGGCACGAAAACGUAGUUGAAUUGUUACUCCAAACUGGUGUUAACAGUGUCACACAAGACGGCUCAACACCCCUUCAUUGGGCUUCACACAAUGGACACUAUAACAUCGUCAAAAUGUUACUCCAAGCGGGGGCAAAAGUUGAAAUUAGGGACAGUGAAGGCUCGACACCACUCCUCCUCGCCUGUUAUCAAGGUUUUGACAAGAUUGCCAAACUUUUGAUACACUUUGGUGCAAAUAUUACCACAAGUAACAAUCGUGGUUUCACCCCUUUGCAUUGGGCAAGUCAACAAAAUCACCCAAACCUGGUCAAAAUUUUAAUCGAAUUGGGGGCGAAAGUUUCAACAGUGACGAAACAAGGGUUCACCCCUUUGCAUUUAGCGUGUCAGAAAGAGCACGUUUCGGUUGUUAAACGAUUGAUUGUCUCGGGUGCAAAUAUUGAAGAUGUUACAAAUAAGGGGUGGACUCCACUUCAUUGGGCUUCUUUCAAAGGACAUGAAACCGUCACGAAUUUAUUGCUAGGGGCUGAUGCUAAUGUCAAUAUUCCUAAUGGGGAAGGUAUGACACCGUUACAUUUGGCUUGUUCGAAGGGUUUUGUCCAAAUUGCAAAUACUUUAAUCGAGUUUGGGGCCAGUACUGAAUGUGAGAAUUGUGAUGGUUUGUCUCCGCUUUAUUUAGCGUGUCAAGGGGGGCAUUUAGAAGUUGUCAAGUUGUUGAUUAUGUUUGGGGUUAGUACAAGGGGUGGGGAAGUUGAAAUUGCUCAAGAAAAUGGAUUCUGUGAUAUUAGAAGAUUGUUGGAGGAGAAAGAAGGGCGAGAAGUAGGGAAAUAUCGCUGCGUUAUUUUAUGAUAUGGAGGAAAAAGGUACCAAAGUGAUGUCAAAGACCCAUGGAUUUGUGUAACUGCCUUACGGAAAAGAUUUAUGAUGAAAAUUAUGCUUAAUGAUUCAGAUCCUCAGUAUGUUUAUUAUAUUUUAUACUUAUUAUGAUAAUAAAAAUUUAAAAAAUUGUGUA